CGCUUCGUCAAGAAGGACGGGCACUGCAACGUGCGCUUCGUGAACCUGGGCGGCCAGGGCGCGCGCUACCUGAGCGACCUGUUCACCACGUGCGUGGACGUGCGCUGGCGCUGGAUGUGCCUGCUCUUCUCCUGCUCCUUCCUCGCCUCCUGGCUGCUCUUCGGCCUGACCUUCUGGCUCAUCGCCUCGCUGCACGGCGACCUGGCCGCGCCGCCGCCGCCCGCGCCCUGCUUCUCGCAGGUGGCCAGCUUCCUGGCCGCCUUCCUCUUCGCGCUGGAGACGCAGACGUCCAUCGGCUACGGCGUGCGCAGCGUCACCGAGGAGUGCCCGGCCGCCGUGGCCGCCGUGGUGCUGCAGUGCAUCGCCGGCUGCGUGCUGGACGCCUUCGUCGUGGGCGCCGUCAUGGCCAAGAUGGCCAAGCCCAAAAAGCGCAACGAGACGCUGGUCUUCAGCGAGAACGCCGUCGUGGCGCUGCGCGACCACCGCCUCUGCCUCAUGUGGCGCGUGGGCAACCUGCGCCGCAGCCACCUGGUGGAGGCCCACGUGCGGNNNNUUUUGCUGCAGCCCCGUGUGACCCCGGAGGGUGAGUACAUCCCACUGGACCACCAGGACGUAGAUGUGGGCUUUGAUGGGGGCACCGAUCGCAUCUUCCUGGUGUCUCCCAUCACCAUCGUGCAUGAGAUCGACUCGGCCAGUCCCCUGUACGAGCUGGGACGCGCGGAGCUGGCCAAAGCUGACUUCGAGCUGGUGGUCAUUCUCGAGGGGAUGGUUGAGGCCACGGCCAUGACCACACAGUGUCGCUCAUCCUACCUCCCUGGUGAGCUGCUCUGGGGCCAUCGUUUUGAGCCAGUCCUCUUCCAGCGUGGCUCCCAGUAUGAGGUCGACUACCGCCACUUUCAUCGCACUUAUGAGGUCCCCGGGACGCCUGUCUGCAGCGCUAAGGAGCUGGACGAACGGGCCGAGCGGGCUUCCCACAGCCCCAAGUCUAGUUUUCCCAGCUCUCUGGCUGCAUUUUGUUAUGAGAAUGAACUUGCUCUGAGCUGCUGCCAGGAGGAAGAUGAGGAAGAGGAGGCCAAGGAGGGGAAUGGGGCAGAGACAGAAGAUGGGGCUGCCAGCCCCCGAGUUCUCACACCGACCCUGGCACUGACCCUGCCUCCGUGAUGCAAGCUGAUGUUGCGUCCCCUUCCCCAUGGGUGCCCCCUUCCCAGAGGUAGCAAGAUGGAGAGGUUGGGCCCUCUCCUGGGAUGGGGGCA